UGAUAACGAAGAAAAUAAUGGCAAUGAAAUUUACAUUUAACGUGGCCAUUAUAAUUUUUUUUUUUUUUUUUUGCAUUUAACGCAUAGCAAUUAGUAUUCUAAUGAAUUAUUCCAUUUGAACACAAUCUAACAAUCAUGAAUCCUCCCAUAAGAAGGAAAACGCAACCCAAUAGUAGGGGAAAAAAUAUUUUUGGUAUGUUUAUGGCCAUCCUGACUUAAAAGAAAAUGUUCAAUUGUUUCUGUCAAAACAACCGAUUGGAUUGCACACUUACUUUGCUGUAAUGGGGCUCUAUAUUUAUCAAGAAAGAUAACAGGCGCUUCAAUUGGUUCUAUAAGUCGACCGAAUUUAAGGACAUAUACCCACCUCAAUAAGAUUGCUUCACUUUACUAUACCAAUCGACCGCCUUCUCAUAUAGAUCAACCAUUAUUAUUUUUUUACAAUAGUAGAGUCUCGUUACAAUACUCAAGCCUUCUAGUGGUGAAAUAAUUUCAGAUCAAUAAUAAGAUAAUUGUCAAUCAAUUGAUUGUUCUAUUGUAGUGGUCGAUUACUAUUUUCUUUUGCAACAAUAAAAUCUUGCAAUAAGAUAAAUGUUUCAUCCGCUCCACCGCUUAUUAAAAGCAAUUCUAUCGUUUUUUUCCAACUCAGACUUCAAAUGCAUGGUAGCAAUGAAGUGAGCCCAGCCCAUCACUUGGGUUCAGGUUUCACGGUAUGGAAGAGUAAACAAAGCCGGAUCCUUCUUCCUUCCCUUUCUCCGUCGCUCGUUUCUCUUCCAUUCUUCCAUAUGGGAAAGUAAGGUAUUUUGGUAGCUUGUUUAUUAUGAUAUAAUCCACUUGACUGAAACUUCUUUCCUAUUUCAAAUCUUUUGUACCGUUGCCGCCUACUGGAUUAGAUCGUUUCCUUGUUAAUUAAACUUUGCCCGCUCCCCCGUUCGUCCUUCACGGUAGAUAGAACUGGGUUUGGGAUUUUGCUUCAUCUGCCGCAUUUUCUUUCGUCGAUGGCUUUCCUAUUUUCUGGACAGAACGAAUCCAUUAUUCGGAUUGCGUAGAAACAUCAAAGAGCCUCGUUCUGUGCAGACAGUAAAGAGCACAAAGAUAGAAUUCAUUCUUCUUCUGCCUCUUUGUGUCCCCCUUCUUCCGAUCUCAGUGCCCAAUUUCUCCUCAACUGCGAAAGAAUGAAACUUUACCCAUUUCUCAUUUUCUACUACCAUCUGCUGCUUAUCUUUCCCCUGCCACCCUCUGCUUUUGCCAAUGGCGUUUCCCAUCUCUCGAAUGCAAACCCACAUCCAGAUUCCUCCUUCCUUCUAUCUCAUCAUCAUUGAUUUUCCCAUCUACCAAAUAAAUCUCCAAACCUUGAGAAUUAAUUCCCCAAAACCCGGUAUCAAUUUGCAAUCACCCCUCUGCCUCGAUCGACUCUGUUCACUCUGCUCUAAGCCCCUCUUCCUCCUCUUUCCGUUCUCCGGUUCCCAUUUUUUGGCAUGUCGGCCGGAGAUGCAAAUGCAACAAUUGGGGCAAACGGGGUGGAACUAUCGGGAGUAUCCCAGCAGGCGGCGAUAUUGAUCACUGUCUUCGGCGGAAUUACUCUAGCUGUCGCCAUCGGGGGGUUCUACUGGCUAAUCCGCCGUUUCUGCCGCAGCCAUCAGCAGGAGCCACAGGGACAGCAGCCUGGGGAAGCAGCAGCUAAUGAGGGCAUACCCUUAGCAGAGAUAAGGCCGCUGCCUGAGUUUCCUCAGCAGAGCUUCACGGAAGCAGCAAGAGAGCUGGACUACUGUGAGCCAGAUUGUUCUAUAUGUUUGGAGAGAUUCCAGGAACUAGAGAUGGUGUCAAUUCUUCCGGACUGCCACCAUGUCUACCACCCACAUUGUAUUCGUGGGUGGAUGAUCCAUGGACCCCGGCAGUCCUCUGCGGACACUACAUGUCCGAUCUGCAGGCUCACUUACCAGGCUAGGGCGGCAGCCACUGCAGCCAACUGAGCUCGGCCGUGUAUUGUUAUUAUGAUUUUUGCUUUGAUCUGAUGAAUGAUGAAGUUGUGUAUUUUUACAAAACGGAAUUUGUUCAAAUGGUGUGACUUAUGGAAAUGGCAUGACCUGAAGAGUACAUUACAACAGCCACGCUGCAUAUAGCACAACUAAAGAAAUGGUGAGACUUGAU